AUGGGGUUUCUCUGGGUCCAGAUGGGCAAGAGGAAGUUCAGUGGGCUGGAAAUCACCCUGAUCGUCCUCUUCUGCCUGGUGGCGAUCAUAGCCUGUGUCCUCAUUGGGCUUUUAGCAUCAGGACAAUCCGGAGUCAAAAAUACAGUGUUGAAUAGCUUUUUCUCCUGGACAGAAAUUUUCUAUCUGCCCUGUUGCUGUGAGCAGCCACAGAGAGUGGAUUCAGGAUUCGGAACAACAGGUGCAGGGCGGGAAGCUUUGGUGGAAGAGGGCAGUGCAAACGUACCCCUGAAAAUAGAUGGGCCACUUGUAUGGGAGGUUUCUAUAGCGUUUGAUACUACCAUAGGACCACUGCAGUAUGCUGACCAGUUUUUACAGCUAUCAAUCAAACUACCUAGCAGCAACAUUUAUGGCGUGGGAGAGCACGUGCAUAAACAGUACCGGCACGAUGUUAACUGGAAAACCUGGCCCAUGUUCAGCAGGGAUAUUGGCCCCUCUGGAAUGGGCAAGAGGAAGUUCAGUGGGCUGGAAAUCACCCUGAUCGUCCUCUUCUGCCUGGUGGCGAUCAUAGCCUGUGUCCUCAUUGGGCUUUUAGCAUCAGGACAAUCCGGAGUCAAAAAUACAGUGUUGAAUAGCUUUUUCUCCUGGACAGAAUUUUCACCAGAAUGUCCGAACAUAUUAAUAGCAGAGAGAAUUGACUGCAUCCCGGAUCAAGUAGCGACAAAGAGCACCUGCACCCUGCGUGGCUGCUGCUGGAGUCCCGAGAGCAAUACCAGUGUGCCCUGGUGUUUUUUCUCUUCAAACCAUGGGUACAAAGUGGAUGGGUCAAUACGAUCAACUCAGGCAGGAUUCGAGACUACAUUAACAAGGCUGCCAUCACCUUCCUUCUUCGGAAACGAUAUCAACAUUGUCCUCCUCUCAGGAGAGUAUCAGACACCAAAUCGCUUCCGCUUCAAGAUCACUGAUCCUAAAACACACAGAUUUGAAGUCCCUCAUGAGCAUGUGCGAUCUUUCACUGGAUCCGCAGCCUCCAAUUUAAACUACAAAGUGGAUGUGAAGCAGAACCCCUUUGGCAUCGUGGUGACCAGAGUGAGCAACGGUAGAGUGCUGUUUGAUACUACCAUAGGACCACUGCAGUAUGCUGACCAGUUUUUACAGCUAUCAAUCAAACUACCUAGCAGCAACAUUUAUGGCGUGGGAGAGCACGUGCAUACCCUCUGGAGUAAGGACUGGUUUUAUUAUGCUUCAUUAUUUGCGGAUGACGCAAUGCAUAACUUAUAUGGAGUUCAAACUUUCUUCCUGUGUUUGGAAGACAGCACUGGAGCCUCCUUUGGUGUUUUCCUAAUGAAUAGCAAUGCCAUGGAGUUUGUGGUGCAGCCUGCUCCAGCAGUGACCUACAGAACCAUUGGCGGGAUCCUUGAUUUCUAUAUGUUCUUGGGGAACACUCCAGAGCAAGUAGUCCAGGAGUACUUGAAGCUCGUGGGACUGCCAGCAUUGCCCUCCUACUGGAGCCUGGGCUUCCAGCUCAGCCGCUGGAAUUAUGGGUCUCUGGAUGAGGUGAAGAGAGUUGUGGAGCGGAACAGGGCAAUUGGACUCCCUUAUGACGCUCAGAUCACUGAUAUUGACUAUAUGGAGGAAAAGAAAGAUUUUACUUAUGACAAAGUGAAGUUUCGAGAUCUCCCUAAUUUUGCAGCUUAUAUGCAUGACUAUGGACAAAAAUAUAUUAUCAUAUUGGAUCCUGCUAUUAGCACACAAAAUCUAGUUGAUGGUAGUCCAUAUGGAAGCUACAUCAGGGGAGAGAACAAAAAAGUCUGGGUUAAUGAAUCAGAUGGAGUAACAGCAUUACUUGGGGAGGUGUGGCCAGGGGAAACUGUGUUCCCAGACUUCACCAACCCAGACUGCACUAGCUGGUGGGUGGAAGAAUGCAAACUGUUUUAUAACGUAGUGCCGUAUGAUGGGAUCUGGAUUGAUAUGAAUGAAGUAUCCAGCUUCAUUAAAGGCUCAAAAAACGGUUGUGCGCAGAAUGACUUAAACUAUCCUCCUUUCACUCCCAGUAUUCUUGACAAGCUCAUGUUUUCCAAGACACUUUGUAUGGAUGCAGUGCAGAAGUGGGGGAAACAUUAUGAUGUCCACAGUCUUUAUGGAUAUUCCAUGGCCAUAUCAACACAGAAGGUCAUUGAAGCAUUGUUUCCUGGAAAACGAAGCUUCCUUAUUUCGAGGUCUACUUUUGUUGGAUCAGGAAAGCACACAGGACACUGGCUGGGAGAUAAUGCAGCAACAUGGGAUCACUUAAAAUGGGCAAUACCUGGAAUGUUGGACUUUAACCUCUUUGGAAUUCCUUAUAUUGGAGCAGAUAUUUGUGGUUUCUUCGACAACACCACAGAAGAACUUUGCAGACGAUGGAUGCAAGUAGGAGCAUUUUACCCAUUUUCCAGGAAUCACAAUUGUGAAGGAUUCAUACCUCAGGAUCCGGCUGUGUUUGGACCUGAUUCAGUCUUGGUGAAAACCUCCAAGUAUUACUUGAACAUUCGCUACACUUUGCUGCCCUACCUGUAUACACUCUUUUAUAAAGCUCAUACUCAGGGAGACACAGUUGUACGGCCAGUUUUGCAUGAGUUCUACUCUGAUGAAGUGACGUGGAGUGUCGAUAGGCAGUUCCUGUGGGGCCCUGGGCUGCUUAUUUCCCCUGUACUUGACCCG